AUGCCAUUUUUUAUGUACCAACGCAGAGACAGAGAAGCUCCAAAAUUAACUGAAAGUGGUUUCCAGUUUUUGCUUCUGGUUUUUGCUUGUUCAGACUCAAGAGUUUGCCCAUCCCGUAUUCUGGAUUUUCAACCUGGUGAAGCCUUUGUUAUCAAAAACAUUGCCAACAUGGUUCCACCAUGUCACAAGACCAAACAUUCAGGAACUGGAGCUGCCAUUGAAUAUGCGGUCAUGCAUUUAAAGACUCACCCCGAGUUUUUUCCCAUACACCCCACCAGUUAUUCUUCCUCUUCACUCUCACCGUCCCGCCAAAACCCUAAGAACCAUUACGCCGUCGUUUCACAACUCUACAUGCGCACCAAUGUCGACUCACCAAGUUCGCGAUACAAUCGACCUCACCACCAUCGAGAAGAACAUCUUCAUUCGUCUUCUUGCCACUCUCAAUCAUUUCCAACUCCAAACUCAACUCCGAGUCGCCGGCGGCUGGGUUCGUAA